AUGUACUUCAAAGUCGCCGGGAGGCAGUUUGGCGUGCUCAUGUUCAUCGACGUCUACCUGCUCCUGCUGCCCAUCCCCCGGAGCUCCUUCCUCCAGGACCUCGCCGGACUCGACCACGCAGCCAUGAUUCGAUACCACAAGUUUUUGGGGUUGGUGACUUUCUACAUGCUGACGCUGCAUGCCCUGGUGACAUACGCGUACUGGGGCUUUGUCGGCAGGGAGUUCUGGGACUGGGGGACCAUCCGCACCAUCAACAACCUGGCAGGCACCCUUUCCUGGCUCUGUUUCAUCCUGCUGGCCUGGGCUUCCAAGGACUUCAUCCGACGCAGCUCUUACCAGUUUUUUUACCGCAUUCACAUCCUGGGCUUCCUCGGCUUCAUGGUCUUGGGCUGCAUCCACUAUUCGGGCGCAUGGCGCUUUUUCACCCCAGGCCUGCUGCUCUGGGGCGUGGACCUGGUACAGAGGGCCGGCAUGGGCAUGACCCCGGUGCCUGUCCUGUCUGCUGACGUGGAUAGCGAGAAGGAUGUGACGACCCUGGUCCUGCAGCACUCCCAGUCCACCUGCCCGUUGGGUGACAUCCACCUGCUGGUCCCUGCCAUCUCACGCUGGGCCUGGCACCCCUUCACCAUCGCCCGCGCCACGCCUGCCGCGGGGCUGACGCCCGGAGCGCUGACGCUGCACGUCAAGGGCGAGGGGCAGUGGACGCGCGCGCUGCGCCGGCUGGCGGCCGCCGGCGCCGGCCGCCGGCUGGAGGUCCGUGCCAGCCUGCCGGCGCGCUCGCUGCCGGCGCCGGAGCCUUGGGCGGCGGCCGAGGCCGUGGCCGUGGUGGUGGGCGGCAUCGCCGCCACCGCGGCCAUGCCCGCCCUGCGCUCCCUGGUGGAGGCCCGGCGCUCUGGGCACCAGGGCCCACGCCGUGUGCUCGUGCUCUGGGCAGCCCGCCACGCCACCGAGUUCCUCGCCCUGGACCCCGUCGUCGGCGCCGCUGCCCUGGCGGGGGACGGGUGGCUGACCCUGGAGCUGCACCUGACGCGGCGCCCUGGCUGUCGCCACUGCGGCGCCGACCCGCAGGGGGUCGGCGCGACGGCCAUCGCCUGCUUCUGCGUCGUGGGCCUGGGGCUGCCCUUUGCGGUCCUCAUUGCGCCCCCCAUGCUCGUCAGGUGGGCGGUGCCGGCACGGCGCCACCGCAGCUGUGGCGAGGGGGGGCCGUGGCGGCGCAUCACACCACCUGAUGCCGAUCCGGGCGAGGAGGAGGCCCGGGACCUGGCUCGAGUGCCGGUGCUGGCCGGGGGGUACAACUCUAGCGAAGGCUGUUCAGUGGACAUGGGUACCCUGACGGUGCCCGGGCACGGUUCGAUCCCCAUUCUCCCACGACGGCCGGCCAUGGACGAGGCCUUUGCGGAGCUGGGCCUGCUGCACUCCCGGAUUGAUGUGCUGCUGGCAGGGCCGGAGGGCAUGUACCGCGCCGGGGUCAAAGCCGUUGCGGCCCUGAAUGGUCACAGGGUGCUCCCCAGCAGCAAACCCAUGUACGAGGUGCACAAGCUGGCGGGGAUGCUGUGA